AUGGUCCAUAUUCCGCUACCACACCGCAUUAGCGGCCUGUCCAGAAAAGCAGACGGCAACUCUACUGCUGCUAGCACUCAGAAUAGCAGACGUCCUUCCCCUAGCCGUGGACCAAGCGACUCCACUGCCAGCGCACUCAAUAUGGACAAGCCGCUCAUACUCAAGGUCUAUGUUAUCAAGGGUCGUAAUCUGGCAGCCAAGGACAGAUCUGGAACCUCUGAUCCGUACCUAGUCGUGUCCCUCGGCAAUGAUAGGCAGCAGACACCAUAUAUCAGCAAGACACUGAACCCAGAAUGGAAGAUCUGCCUGGACAUGCCCUUGACCGAUAUCCCACUCCUUGAAUUCGUCUGCUGGGACAAAGACCGUUUUAAGAAAGAUUACAUGGGCGAAUUUGAUAUUGCCGUUGAGGAUAUCUUUGCACCCGGCAUGGUUCAAGCAGACCCUAAAUGGUACCAGCUCAAGUCCAGGAGACGAGAGGGCAAGAGGAAGGACAUUGUCUCUGGCGAGAUCCAGUUGCGCUUCUCCUUGGUCGACUCGGCGAACCCUUCUGCCAGUCCGGAUGAGAUCCUCAAGAAAUUUCGAACUGUCCUCAAGCUCGUGGAUGAGGAUGAUGACCUCUCUCGUACCUCCACUAAUGUCGAUGACGACGAGGACUCAGACAACGAAAGUCUUGCUGAUGAACAGGAGACUGGUACUGAGCAGGAGACUGGCUCAAAGUCCACGGUGGCAGAGAAGAAGCGGAAGCGGAAGCGGCUCGCUCGUCUUCGGCGUAAAUCUAUGAGUGUACGCGAAUACGACUUCCAUGGGACAGCCCGAGACGUUGCUGGCAUCAUCUUUCUCGAGAUCGUCAAGAUCACCGAUCUACCGCCCGAGCACAAUGUGACUCGAACCUCUUUUGACUGCGACCCUUUCGUCGUUGCAGCACUUGGGCGCAAAGUUUUGCGGACCCGUGUGAUCCGUCACAACCUCAACCCUGUCUUCAACGAGAAGAUGGUUUUCCAGGUUAAUCGUAAUGAAACGGGCUACUCGUUGACAUUCAGUGUCAUGGAUAAGGACAAUCUGUCUGGCAACGACUUUGUUGCCUCCGCUGCUCUACCGCUCUCGAAACUACUUGCUUCUCAGCCUACUCAAGAUCCUUUGACCAGACUCUACGACCUCCCGGAGCCGCCCGAAUACUCUCCAGUUGCGCAGAAAAAGGAAAGCAGAUCUCGAUUUCGCUUGCCACUGUCUAGGAGUACAUCUGCCAGCAGCCUUUCCCGACUGACACGUCCCGGCAUGAGUAGGGAGCCGUCUGCCGCGUCGACCAAGAAUGGCGGCACUGGCGAAAAUGAUUCAAGUGGUGACUUGCCAGAGCCUGGAAAGCUUGCCCCUACCAGUGCCCCGAUCAGCGCCCAGACCAGCGCCCCUACCAGCAUGCCGCAGGAUUACAACACGUCUGGGUCCACGUCCAAGGACGAUAUCACCACAGAAGAGCAAGGACUACAGACUUUUGAUAUUCCGCUGACUCUCAAGAACAAGGAGCGUUGGGAGGCCAAGCACUCCCCGAAACUGGAGAUUCAAGGCAAGUUCCUGCCUUACACAGCUCUACGUCAGCAGUUCUGGCGAGCUAUGUUAAAGCAAUAUGAUGCCGACGACAGCCGGAGAAUCAGCAAGAUUGAAUUGAGUACGAUGCUCGAUACCUUAGGCUCCACUCUCAAGGACUCAACCAUCGAUGGUUUCUUCGAGCGCUUCGCAGAUGAAAAUGAAGACGCCAAUGAGACGGAUCUCACCUUCGAUCAGGCAGUGAUUUGCCUGGAAGACAUCCUUGAGCAGACUGCCAACCGCAAGGAGUCUUUGACAGACAAGGCCAAGAGAAUGAUGCAUAAGAGUUCGACAGCCUCAACGUCCAGUAACUCUGACGAUGCUCUCAAUGAGAAGCACCCUUCUGCGGUUCCCGCCGUCGAACCCUCCGGCACUAUUGGGCAGACAGCUGAGCUGAGCCCAGUCGGUACCCAUGAUCUCUCUGAUGAGGGAAAUGGGGAGGAACAUGUUAUUGAUGUCAGAGAGUGUCCCAUCUGUCACCAGCCGAAGCUUCACAAGCGUACAGAUGCGGAAAUCAUCUUGCACAUCGCCACUUGUGCGAGUGCUGACUGGCGUCAGGUCAACAACCUCGUCAUGGGCGGGUUCGUCACUCAAUCUCAAGCUCAACGGAAGUGGUACUCCAAGAUUAUUACAAAAAUCAGUUAUGGUGGCUACAAACUGGGUGCUAACAGCGCCAAUAUCUUGGUUCAAGACCGCAUCACAGGUCAGAUCAACGAAGAGCGAAUGUCGGUCUACGUACGUUUAGGCAUUCGCCUUCUCUACAAGGCUCUUGGCUCCCGCGAGAUGGAGCGACGGCGCAUCAAGAAGAUGUUGAAGUCUCUUUCCAUUAAACAGGGCAAGAAAUACGACGAUCCAGCAUCCGCCUCGCAGAUUGAAGGCUUCAUUGCCUUCCAUCAGCUUGACAUGUCGGAGGUUCUUCAACCCGUCUCGGAGUUUCGCAACUUCAACGAGUUCUUCUACCGUGCACUCAAGCCUGACGCGCGUCCUGCCUCUGCCCCUGAUCGGCCCGAGGUCGUUGUCUCGCCCGCAGAUUGCCGGACUGUGGUUUUCAACACCAUCGAUGAAGCGACCCGUAUCUGGGUCAAAGGCCGCGAUUAUAGCCUCGAGCGUCUAUUCGGAGACGCCUAUCCGCUAGAUGCCAAACGCUACAAAGGCGGCAGCAUGGGAAUCUUCCGUCUCGCCCCACAAGACUAUCACCGCUUUCACAUACCUGUCGAUGGCGUCCUUGGCACGCCCAAACCUAUCGAUGGUGAGUACUAUACUGUCAACCCUAUGGCCAUCCGCUCGGCGCUGGACGUCUAUGGGGAGAACAUCCGCGUCGUCGUUCCCAUUGAUUCAGUCGCCCAUGGUCGAGUGAUGUUCGUCUGCAUCGGAGCCAUGAUGGUUGGCAGUACAGUAAUCACUCGAAAGGCGGGCGAAAAGGUCAAGCGUGCGGAAGAGCUGGGGUACUUCAAGUUUGGUGGGUCAACUAUACUCCUUUUCUUCGAGCCGGGGAAAAUGGUGUACGAUGAGGACCUUGUCGAGAAUAGUACUGGCGCUUUGGAGACACUGGUCAGAGUUGGGAUGUCGAUAGGCCACUCGCCAGAUGUCCCACCGCACAAGCCCGAUAUGAAGAAGGACCAGAGCGAGGUCACGGAUAGAGAACGCGAGGAGGCUAAGCGACGAAUCGAAGGCAGUCUUGCGCCAGAGCGACAAGGUCCUGUCGCUGGCGGCUGA